AUGUGCAAAGAGUACAGCCAUUGUUCUGCUCAUUAGUCCUUUUGUUUAGUGACAUUCCCGUAAAGGCCUCCAGGCAAGUUGUACCAUACAUGGACACGCUUGACUACUUUGAUCGUUUUUUGUUAUAAUAAACUAAAAGUGAAACACUCCAUCGAACUUUACGACAACCUUCAACAAAACUCAGUUGCUAUCACAUGUAUUAUCCAUGUUUACUGGCAUUAUAAAACGGUAUUGUAUCUUCAAAGAAACAGCUGCGAUAUUCUUAUAUGUUAAUUGAAAAUGUAAAGUACUGAUAACUAGUCAAUUAAGUCCAUCUUUUCUUGCACUUAUUAUUACCACCGCUAAUACUUGUGUUGUAAGGAAUGUCCUUGAUGUAAUUUCUUCACUUAGACAUUUACUACUACGAAGUUUUGGAAGUUAAUUAUAAGGAACUCUUCUGUUCUGUUAAAGAAAAACAAAGCAAAUACAUAUGUUUCUAGCUGGUUGAAUCUCUAUGCUGACUGUUUAGUGCUAAAGAUGUACAAAUGCUAUAUUUGAAGUUUACGAGCCCGGUGAUCUACAGCUGCCAAAUUUAAACCCAGCUUCUGUACACGGAGCGACUAUGGGUAUUCCACCCUGGGAUGCUAGUCCAUUUUUUUAAGUUUGUUAUCCGUUUAUACACCUGAGUGAAGAGAUACAAAGCGAAAAUCAAGUAUAUUGCCCAUGAACACAAUGACUCCAGCCAGCGAUUGAGCUUCAGGAUCCCACGCGCUCAUUAUUAGUACUAUGUCUAUGUCACUGCUUCUCCCACGGAGGUAAGAGUAGGAAUCUGCAAUCUUUCAUUAUCAAAUCCAAGUGUUCUUGUAGCUUCAUUAAACGGCGAAUAUGGGCAGCAGGUACUCUUGUUACAAAAUGCACCAGUCCCUUUUCAGGCCUUGAUUGCAUGUACAAACUUGUAGGUUCAAGAAAAUGAAUACUCGUACUGUACUUCUACGUAACGUUAAUUUGGCCACCAGCCUUUGUCCCUGCUGUGACACUUUAAAGCCACUGUACAGGCAGUAGGACAAACUGUUCACUGUUGAAUACAAAAAUCGUGUGCUUUGCUCAUUCAACUGCUAAAUGUACAUAUUCCAAUUUAAUUAUUUUUGAUCUGUACUGUGUAGACAUUUAUAGUGAAAGCUGAAUAACAAGACCGGAAGAAAAUUUCGAGGUGUGAUGUCAACUGCUCUUGUUAAAUUUGACUCGUUGCUGAUGCUAUUGACAGUGGAGACGAGAGAAUUCAACUUGAUGGCACUCAGGUGACCGACACUUGAUGAUGAUUACCCUCACGACAAAGGUUCUCGGAAUUCAGUUAGCUGUAUCAGUAAAUAACAUAUAAUCCACAAUUUGUAUCAUUUCUGAGAAAUGAAUAAAGGAAGUUAAACUGGGCAAAAUAACAAAGAUGCUUUUUUGUGAUCGUGAUUCCGUUGUCUCAGCAACGUGCCCUCUACGUGCCUGUGCCCUCUACGCCUCGCUCAAAAGGUGGAAUUUAUGAAAAGGAAAGUAGCCUAUUCAGGUAUAUUAAAUUACAUAUAGGCGUUCGAGUGAGCGAUCGACGUUGUUUACUCGGCAAGACUCGAAAAUGAAAGCAACAUGGCUCUCAGGAAACCUUCCGAUGCUACAUUUGAAGCUAAACAUCACUUCUUCGAAUGGUGUCGUCAGAACAACAAAACGAAGUUUUCUCUUCUCAUCACAGGUAAAACUGGCGUCGGUAAAUCAAGUCUUGUGAAUGCUCUCGUUGGCAAACAAGUGGCUGGACAAAGGUUUCAGACAGCUGACAAAGUUAUUCCCUACGAUGUGGAACACUUAGAAGGUGUGAAAGUUGACGUGUGGGAUUCUCCGGGGCUAAUAGAUGACAAUGAUGAUGACGAAGGUGGCGCAGGUAAAGAAAAAGAGUACCUGGCGAAAAUAGAAAGCGAAAUAACAGAAGAGCUCGAUGUGGUGAUCCUCUGUCUCAAAAUGGACGACAAGCGCUUUCAUCGCGACGACAAGGACACAUUCAAAAUAUUGACAGAAACGUUUGGAAAGAAACUGUGGAAGAACGCUGUGAUAGCUCUAACUUUUGCCAAUAAAGUCGAAGAUCCAGCUGGGGGCAACAGAGAGGACUACUUUGAACACGACCUAGCAAACUGGCGAGAGGCGAUACAUACAUUCCUCAGCAACACGCUCAAACUCGACCCUGAGCUGGUGCAAUCCUUGCCAUUAGUACCAACUGGAUAUUACCGACCAGUCUCCGUCCUACCCAAUCGUAUAAACUGGUUAUCAGACUUCUGGAAAGCGUGCAGCAAUGUUGCAGGGAAUUCCGCUCCUUUCAGAUUGACCCGACUCAAAAAGGACGAAGAGCAACCAGAUUCGUUUUGGAAGAAGACAUGGGGGACGUUUAAGGAGUAUUUUUGUGCUUUUUUUUCGCAAGUUUACUGGAAGAUUCGUGCUUUUGUUUCGCAAGUUUACAGGACGAUUCGCGACGUGAUCAACACAAUUUUUAACGGCUAAGUUAAAAGUAAUUCACUUGUAUCGCAGCAGUUAGUAUUGUAUAUUUUAAGAUACAUAUUUUUGAUUAUCUCCCUAUUACUACCCUUGAACGAGUCUAGGAAAAAGCUUCCAGGCAAACAGUUCCAGCGUGAUUGAUAUUAUAAACUAAAAGAAACAUUCCCUUCUUUGUACUCCCUAGUGAUACUAUAUAACGAGUCUAGAAAAAGGCCUCCAGGCAUGCCGUUCCAGACUCGACUCGCUUGACUACUUUGAUUGUUUUUGGUUAGACUAAACUAAAAGAGAAACAUUCCCUCAAACUAUAAAGACAACCAAGAACAAAACUCAGUUGCUCUAACAUGUAUUAUCCAUCGUCUACUGGCAUUAGAAAGGAGUAGAAUAUCCCGAAGAGAAACAGCUGCGUGACCAUACGAUAUUUUUAGACGUAAAUAUAAAAUGUACAGGACAGAGAAUUGCUAAGCUAAAGUUUGUUACAAUGAUUCUACUUUUAAUUAGUACUGCUAAUUAUUGUGUUGUAAGUAAUGUCCUUGGUAGAACAACACGUCAACAUUUCCUACCAUGACUGUUUUAAAGUUUAUAAGGAACUUUCCUGUUAUGCUACAUACUUUGAUUGAGAGUAAUUUUGCUCUCUUUUUCUGUUUAUUUACUUCGUAUACAUGUACAUUCAAGAAGAAAAAGGCGAAUUCCAAUGUUUCUAGCCGGUUUAAUCUUUACGUUGUGUUAUUCUUUCGUUACGAAUAUCUGUGCGUACACCAGAUGUCAAUGUUGCACUGGCAUGCCAAGGAGCUUAUGCUCAUUUGCUUUGAUGUUUCCACUUCUAAAGAACAAAUUUCCGUUUCGAUACGAAUUCUGUUAUCAGAAAAAAACAAACGAAGUUUUCUCUUCUCAUCACGGGCAAAUCUGGCGUCGGUAAAUCAAGUCUUGUGAAUUCUCUUGUUGGCAAACAAGUAGCUGAGGAAGGGGGCAAAAAAAGCCCCUGCACAUACGAAGUUACUUCAUACAGUGUAGCCAUUGAACGUGUGGACAUUCGCGUCUGGGAUUCUCCGGGGCUAUAAGAUGAUACAGGUAAAGACGAAGAGUACCUGUCGGAAAUAUAACGCAAAGUAACAGAGGAGCUCGACCUUGUGAUUUUCUGUGUCAACAUGGACGACACGCGAUUAAAUCGCGACAAGGAGACAUUCAAAAUAUUGGCAAAACAGUUUGGAAAGGAUCUUUGGAAGAACGCUGUGAUGGCUCUAACCUUUGCUAAUAAAGUCGAAGAUCAAGAUGGGGGCGACAGAAAAGCCUACUUUAUGCAGGAGCUUGCAAAUUGGCGAGAGGCGAUACAUUCAUUCCUCAACGACACGCUCAAACUCGACCCUAAGCUGGUGCAAUCCCUGCCAUUAGUACCAACUGGAUAUUAUUGAAAGGUCUCUGUCCUACCCAAUGGUGGAGAGUGGCUAUCCGACUUUUGGAUCGCCUGCUACAGCGCUGCAAAAAGUUCCGCAGCUUUCAACUUGUAUCGAGCGAACAAGGCCCGAGUAACAUUUCCUGGGAGUGGAAAGGUGGCUGCUAUCUGUGAUGGAUCCGAAGUGGCUCAUACAUCUCCGGACGCUGAUGACUCCGUGAUAUAUCCGAGAUUGACUUAGACGAAGAGCAACAAGAGUCGUUUUGGAAGACGACAUGGGAGUGGUUCAAGGAACAUUGUUUAAGUGCUGGUGCAGGUUUGAGUGCGCUUAGCACCGGGUUCGCAAUUCUUAAGAUACUUAUGAAGGAAUACAUAGCUAAUACAUGUAGGUACGUACACUUAUUACAGCUGAGUUAAAAGUAAUUCACUGGUGUCGCAGCAGUUAUUGUUGUCUGUUUGAUGAGAAAUCUUUGUAACUCUUUUACUUCUCUUUCUUUGUUUGUAUUACAAUAUGUUUUCUAAGAAUAUCGAGGCUGAGAUUUUGAAAAGAAUAUAAUCCUGUGUGUUGAAAAGUCACAAGUGCAAAACAAUUAUAUGUUUUAACUAAACCGUACAAAAUUUUUCCUUUCUCUAAACGGCAAAACUAGGUAAAUAGCAACAAAAAUAGCACUAGCCGUGUGGUCGAUACUAAUAACAUGUCUGCGAGAGGUUACGUGUGUUUUAAUGGCUGCAGGCCGGCUCCAGAUUUACUUUAACACCAUCCAGACACCAAAUACAUUCGAAAACAGAAACGUCAAACGCUAUUAC